AAAGAGGACCACGAGCUCUGGGCUUCCCACUUUGACUCGCUGCAGAGACGGCCUCCUGUCCAGACUCCAGCUCCACCUCCAGCUCCGUCAGCUCCUCCUCCAGCCCUGUCCCAUGGCUCUGAGCGAGGGGACUGGGAGCCCUCGUCCAGCCUGUCCCUGGUCUGGGAGGCCACCAGCAGCUGUGGAGCAGAGAGUGUAGGCGGAGCCAGCAUAGAUACGGCCACUGGAUACCCAACCAGAACCAGCUAUCUGAGGACCAUGACCGCCCUGCUGGACCCCGCCCAGAUAGAAGAGAGAGAGAGGAGGAGGCUCAAACAGCAGGAGCAGCAGCAAGCGAUCGAGGCACAGGUGGAGGAGCGUCGGCAGCAGAGGGAGCGAGAGGAGGCGAGGAGGAGAGAGGAGGAGGAGGAGGGAGGAGGAGGAGGGUGGCGCUGGAGAGGGAGGUCGAGCCACCUGGCAGCGCAGCCAAAGGAAGACGACAUCCAGAGACAGCAGCAGACGCUGGCGCCCAGCAUUACCAGGCAGGGUGAGUGUUUGGAGGAGGAAGAGGAGGAGGAGGAAGAGGAGGAGGAAGUCAACAGUUCAGCCUCCCUAUACAAAGACUCUGCUGUACAGACAGCGCAGCUCCCUCACCUCACCCAGACAGUCAGACUCCAGAUCUCGACCCCGACGUACAGCCAUACAUCCCUCCGCACUGCUCCUCCAACCAGCAGGAACCGAGCGGUGAGAGCCGGCAAGGAGAACAUCUGUCUGCCAGGAGGAGGAGGAGGAGGAGGAGGAGGAGGAGGAGGAGACCCAUAUGAGUCAUUUGCCAGGACAGAGAGGACCAGGAGAGACAAGAGGAGGCCGGAGUGGAACACACAGAGGCCCAGCCGCCAGUUCGUUCCAGCCUCGGAGCGUUACCCAGCCUCUCUGCAGAGGAACAGACAGGAGAGUCGCCAGAGGAGGCAGGCCGAGCUCCUGGCUCUGCAGGAGAGGGCCUGUCUGUCCAGGACCGACCCCCCUCCUCCUCCUCCUGCUCCUCCUCCUCAGCACCAGGAGCCUGGUCUCUGCUCCAACCCCUCACAGACCAGAACCAGUCCCACCAGGAGGGUGGAGAGUGUUUCCAGAGGACACGGCCUCUCUGCAGCCAUCAACACUGAAAGGGGGCGCUCUCCCCCCCUCCCUGCUGUCAGACUCAGAGCUCAGAGCCAGCAGGCCCCGCCCCCCCCCUCGUCUCCAGGCCUGCAGUUCAUCCCUUACGUCCGGACUGAUGAGGUCUUCAACCUGGAUCCACUGGAGCCAGCUGACACCCCCCCACCACACACACACACAGAACCUCCUGCUCAGAGCACAGCACCUCCUCCUGCUCCUCCUGCUCCUCCCACUCAUCACCUCCUCCAGCCUGGACGUAACACACACACACACACACCCCGCCAGCAGGAGAUCCUCAGAGGCCUGGCCCAGCUACGGCAGGGUUUGUUACAGAAGCAGAGGGAGUUGGAGACGGAUCUGAAUCCUCUUCUGAAGCGUCAUGACGACGAGCACCGGCCGCACUUGGCAACGCACCGCAUGUGACCUUUGACCCCUAGGGGUGUAGGGGUGUGUGUGUGUGUGUGUGUGUGUGUGUGUGUGUGUGAAUAUCUGUGUGUGUGUGUGUCGUGUCGCAGUACCGAGAGUGGCCACUGGACAACAUCAGCAGAAAGGCUGAGCUACACACUGGCCCUUUAAAUGUGCUCCAUCACUUCUACCUCACAUUGAGACCUUUAUAAACUGAAAUACCGCUCCUGGUUUAAGACUAACAUGUUUUAUCACUAACUGAAUGUAUUCUUAUCUUUACAUUUUAUGUGAAUAUUGUAUUUUAAAAUUCAGUGAAUGCACUUUUGUGUAAGAAUGACAGCGUACCAAACGUGUACUGACUUCUACCUUUUCUUUGGAGCAUCCUUCCUGCAGACGAGCGCAGCACUUAUUGAAAUCAUGAAUGAAAGAUGGGGUAUGUUUUUGAUUCUUCAGCUUCCUGCGGGCAGAGGAGCUCUGCGUUUUUUAUUUUAAAUGUAUUGCAAAUGUAAUAAUGAAUGUAAAGUGUACUGAAACCUUUUACAUUUCUUACAACUGCACUUUUUGAUUUAUUUUAUUUUGGCAAUCGCCUGAUCCCUGAACACCUACAGUGUGUUAAAUCUAAACACUAAAUCAAAACGUGAAUGAGACAGACAGUUUUUAAAUAAAGUUUGAAGUUUA